UAAUUUUCUCUCUCUUUUUCUCUCAAUGCUCAAGUGUCUCAAAUCUUGUCUCUGAAGCUUGCAUGGAGGCGUCGAAAUUUGACCAAGGUUUGAGCUAUGAUUUCUGUGUUGCAUACCUUUCCAAUUGGCAGGCACCAAGCAGAAACGUGGAAGAUUACUGGGUGAAGUCAAUUGAGUUACUGAAAUCCAACGGAACCAACAUGCUUUCCUUCAUUUCGAAGCUCUUGAACGACAAGAGAUUUAAUGAACGCACGAAGGAUAGCCUAAAAGGUUGCUUUGAUUCUUACAAGGAUACGAUGUCGGAAUUAGAUGCUGCUGUGGUUGCUUUCAAGGCCAAGGAUUUGGACACUGCUGGCAUCAAAGUGAGUGAAUCCUUAGAUACCCCACUUAUCUGUCAACGCUCAUUCAACGAUCCCAAAGGUAGAAACCUGUCUCCUUUAACAAACCUGAAUAACGCCUACUUCAAACUCAACGUAAUACCUCUCGUGCUCCUCCAAAUCUUCACCAAACAAUCCUAGUCAAUCUUCAACACCUGUUCCUACAUUCAUACUUCAAUAAACAAUCAGAUAAAGUUCCAUCAUUUAUUAUUUCGCUCUUUUA